AUGCCUAAUAGUGAAAGUUUGGCACUACUUGAUGAGGGUCCUGAUGAAGCCAUACAGAAUUCAGGCCGCAGAAGCAGGAGAAGAUCUCCAGUAUGGAACUAUUUUGAAGAGUUACCAAAUGAGGGAAAAGCCAUCUGCAUCCAUUGUAGAUCAAAACUGGCAUAUCAUCAAGGUCUUGGAAUAUCACAUCUAAGGAACCAUAUUACAUCUGCCUGCAAAGAACUUCCUCCAGAUAUAGAUCGCGGUUCGAUUUUUCGAAAGGUUGUGUCUGGUGUAGAUGUUCGCAGAUUUGUAUUGGACCCAAAGAUAGUCAGGGAUUUCAUGACCAAGUUUUGGAUCACAUCAAAUAUCUCCUUCAAAAAGAUAGAAAAUGGAUUCUUUAAGAGAAUGAUGAAAUCAGCCCAUCCAAGCCUUGAAGUUCAUGGUCGACAUACACUCAAGAGCGAUUGCAUGUCAGUGUAUCAAGAAGAGAAGAAAAAGAUAGCAAGUGUUUUUCCAAUAUAG